AUGAUCAGUGUUGGUGGUCGUGUAGUGAAUGGCCUGAUUGUCCAAAGUUGCUUCCAGUCGCACGUUAUCUCUUCAGAGUUUUCGUUGGAUUACAACAUUUGCAAUAGUAACUGGAUUAAGACACACCCACAUGCCAAGUCCGCCGAAAGAGGUGAUCUUCUUCUUCUUCUUCUUCUUCUUCUUCUUCUUCUUCUUCUUCUUCUUCUUCUUCAAGGGUCUUCGUUUUCAAUAUCACUCUUACAAAUCAACCUGUUCCUUUUCUUUUACUCAAGCGCCAUCUUUCUUUUUCUAUACUUAUUAUUUGUAGCAAUCUCAGUGAACUUUCUUUCCAUGUCUUUCGUCUUCCUUUUCUCAAGUAUCAAAUUCAUUAUUCUCUUUCCCAAUCUUUCUCCGUCGUAUUUCUUCUCUCGUAUUUUUUUCUUUUUUCUUUUUUGCUGUCGUUUUUCAUCCAACUUCUUCAAUUACGUCUUUGUUUCGUUUGAUUCUUUUCCUCUUAAGAAACUUUAUCUUCUUCUUCUUCUUCUUCUUCUUCUAAUUAUCAUUAUUAUUAUUACCAUCUCUUUCUUCUUCUUCUUCUUCUUCUUCUUCUUCUUCUUCUUCUAA